AUGGGAUUUAAUUCACCAGGUCAAAUCUCCAGUGGCUUUCCAGAAGGCAGCAAUGAAAGGAAGACCAGAGUGGAGUCUUCCAUGGAUGCAAGAGCAGUGCAGCAGCACAAGUGCCAUGCACAGCUCAGGAAUGGGACAAGUGUCAGCAGGGAGCUCACCAAAGGAAUAUUUUCUCCUUCCACAAAAAGCGUGAUCACCAAGUUCUUCCAGCAUAUUCUGGCACUAGUCUUUGCCAUUACGGAGAUCAAUGAAAAUCCCAAUAUAUUGCCAAACAUCAUCCUCGGCUUCCAGAUCUAUGACAGCUACUUCGAUCCAAUUAUGACCUACUGGACCAGCCUGGAUAUGCUCUUCAAAUCACAUCAGAUGGUGCCCAACUAUCAAUGUGGUACCCUGCAAAACCUCAUUGGAGUCAUUGGUGGUUUGAGUGCUGAUCCUCUGCAUGUAUGGCCGAUAUCUUUGCUCUUUACAAGAUCCCCCAGUGUGGUGACCAAGUUCUACCAGCACAUCCUGGCCUUGGUGUUUGCCAUCCAUCAGAUUAAUGAAAAUCCCAAGAUCCUGCCCAACAACACCCUCGGCUUCCAGAUCUAUGACAGCUAUUUCAAUGCGAGGAUGACAUACCGUGCCACUAUGGACCUUCUCUUCAAAUCAUAUCAGAUGAUUCCCAACUACAGAUGUGGUACCCAAGGAAAUAUUAUAGGAGUCAUUGGUGGACUGAGUGCUGACAUCUCUUAUCACAUGGCAGAUCUUUUUCGCCUUUACAAGAUUCCACAGUUUGCAUAUGGAUCAUUUGAAGUAGCAGCAGGUGAUGCAUCUCACUUAACCUCCUUUUACCGAAUGGCCCCCAAUGAAGCUCUUCAAUACCAGGGAAUUGUCCGGCUACUUCAGCAUUUUCACUGGAAAUGGGUCGGCCUCAUCACGAUGAAUGAUGAACAUGGAGAGUAUUUCUUGCGCACUAUUGAGCCAAUACUUUCCCAGAAUGGAAUCUGUUCAGAAUUCACAGAAAGACUCCAAGCCAAUUGGCAGUUCUCUGGGAUGGAGAGCGUUCUCAAUGAAACAUUGAGCCAUGUUCCCAUUUUCAUGAAGGAAAAAGGCACUGCAGUUGUUCUACAUGGAGAAAGUACAAACAUUCUCUGGCUGGCUAGUAUUAUACUGAUAGCCACUCUCUUUCCUUUAUCAGGUCAGGACUACAGAGAGAUUCUACCUGUAAGGAAAGUUUGGAUUACAACAGCACAAAUAGAUUUCACCUUACAUAUCCUUCAAAGGGCUGUUGGUAUGCAGAUGUUCCAUGGUGCACUUUCCUUCACAAUCCAUGCAAAACAGCCUCCAGGCUUUCAUAGUUUUCUUCAGAGAAUCAGCCCUUCUGCAACAAAAAAAGAUGGAUUCAUCACACUUUUCUGGGAACAAGCUUUUGGGUGCUUUAUGCCAAAUUCCAAAACACUAGGAGAUAUGAAUGAAAUAUGCACUGGAGUAGAGAUGUUAGAUAGCCUACCUUCACCUCUCUUUGAAAUGAGCAUGACUGGACACAGUUACAAUAUCUACAACGCCGUCUAUGCUAUAGCCCAUGCCUUGCACACCUCUCUCAUGGCCAUGUCCUCCCACAGAGCAAGAGGGGGUAGGAGCAGGCUGGCAACUCCAAGUUUGCAACACUGGCAGCUCAGUAUGUGGAUUCAGAGAUUCCCAUUCAACAACAAUGCUGGAGAGGAAAUUAGGCUGAAUGAGCAUGGAGAGGUGGUGGGUGCAUUUGAAGUCACAAACCUGGUUGUAUUCCCAAAUGACUCCUACAUCAGAGUCAUAGUGGGAAGGCUGGAUCCUCAUGCUCCUCCAGAAGAACAACUCACCAUUAAUGAGACAAGAAUCCAUUGGCCAAGGCACAUGGCUCAGGUGCCACCUCUUUCUCUGUGUAAUGACUUCUGCCAUCCUGGGUACAGCAAGAAGAAGAUUGAAGGGAACAAAUUUUGUUGCUAUGACUGUGCCCCAUGUCCUGAUGGGAUGUUCUCAAACCAGGAGGACAUGGAAAGCUGCAUGAAUUGCCCAGAAGGUCACCAUCCAAACGAAGUCCAGAAUCAAUGCACUCCUAAAAAGCCAAACUUCCUAGCCUUUCAGGAAACCUUGGCCAUCAUCUCAGUUUCCUCUGCACUUCUGUUGUCUCUGAUGACGGUCCUGGUGCUUGGUAUCUUCAUUAAGCAUCAAGACACUGCCAUCGUCAAAGCAAACAACCAGAGCCUCACCUACAUUCUCCUCAUCUCACUCCUCCUCUGUUUCCUCUGCUCCUUGCUCUUCAUUGGAAAGCCUAAAACUUUGUCCUGUCUUCUUCGACAAGCUACUUUUGGCGUAGUCUUCUCUGUGUGCCUCUCCACCAUUUUGGCAAAAACUGUAUCUGUGGUGCUGGCAUUCAUGGCUACCAAACCAGGAUCCCAGAUGAGGAAGUGGGUGGGGAAAAAACAGGCCUAUGCCACUGUGCUCUCCUGCUCCAGUGUGCAAGUAGGACUCUCUGCUCUAUGGCUGGCCACUUCUCCCCCAUUCCCAGAUCUGGACAUGCACUCCAUGCCUACAGAAAUUAUCCUGCUCUGCAAUGAGGGCUCUGUCCUCAUGUUCUAUUGCGUCUUAGGGUACAUGGGGCUGCUGGCUGGAGUCAGCUUUGCAGUGGCCUUCCUGGCCAGGAAGUUGCCUGACAGCUUUCAUGAAGCCAAGUUCAUCACCUUCAGCAUGCUGGUCUUCUGCAGCGUCUGGGCCUCCUUUGUUCCCACCUACCUCAGCACAAAAGGAAAGGCCAUGGUGGCUGUGGAGAUCUUCUCGAUCUUGGCCUCCAGUGCUGGCUUACUGGGCUGCAUAUUCUUCCCCAAAUGCUACAUCAUUGUCCUGAGACCUGAGCUCAACAACAAGGAGCAGCUCAUGCAGAGAAAGAUAUAA